CAGAGAUCUUUAAAAGAGGACAAGAGUUCCUGGCUCGGUACCGGUUUUGUCUCGAUGUUUCGGUAGAUGAGGUUCCAAUGGAGACACGCCAUGUGAUCUUGUGGAUGACGGUGGGGUAUGUGCUGGUAUUGGCGAGUCUCCUACAGUCUUCUGAGAGUCUUGGUAUUGGUCGAGACCUGCUCCAAUCCGUUGUGGGGACGUUGGAUAUGAUUCAAAUCAAGGUCGAGCAAGAAGAAGAUGACGAAUAUAGGGAUGAUGACAACGACGAUGAAGAUGAGGAAGAACAGAGUGAUCAGCACUAGCAUCGAUGAUAAAAAUCGAAGAAGUGUGAUUGAGGCGACCCAGAACGUUCUCUCUAAUCACCGAAAUUCAUGGAGGACAGAAAACGCAAGGUAACUAAUCUUGAAGGUGCCUGCUUAGCUAUGCAGUGCUUGCCAGCACAAACAGCUCAUGCCGAUGAAGACAAGUUUUGAUGACAGUACCUCUGAAGCCCUCCCGGUGGUGAAAUCGAAUAAGUUGUAUUAGAAGAGAAGACAGGCUUGGAGUGUCAGGCAAUGGAUGGGCAUGCUUUAUGAUAUUUUGUACGGCACCGCACCAUCUCUAGUGAUCCCGUUGAUCACACAGGUUCCUCCAUCAAACUUGAUCAAACUUUCCGCCGGGCAAGCCAUUGAUCAAUACGAAAUGGGGCGCCAGAGCUACCAAAAGAGGGGUGGUAAGUUUGCGCCAUCCCGAAGCAGACUCCACAAAUAGUGGUGCUGUAGUCUAAAUUGGACAUUGGCUACUAUAUUAGGUAGAGGGAUACAUUUGAUUACAGUUAUUGGGUAGCAACGUGUUAGUCCCUACAAGUAGCUCUACAAGUAGGAUUGCAUCGUUUCUAAUUAUGUGCAAGGCAAAAACAUGCAAUUGAAGAGCAAUUUUUCCGCCAUCAGUUCGGGC